AUGGGAGGCGUGAGCGGGCGGUCCGAAGCGGCGCCGGGAGCCAAUGAGAGGAAGGCGGCCAUCGCUAAGGAGGCGUCGGCGCUGUGGGAGGAGUUGGAGGCGGAGCUUCGGAGGUGCCCCGGAAGGUCCUGGAGAAGUGCGGCCGCAAUUUACUGCAGCGCCGCCCCCCCCCCCUCCUGGCAACGCCUGCGCUGCCCCAGCCCGGCCCUGCGCCCCGACCCGCCCGUCCUCCAGGUGCUGUCCCAGCUGGGUUACACGCAGGGGGGUCCCCAGGGCCGCAGUUUCCCCCCCGGGGCACAGCCGGACCCACAGCGCGUGGCUGCCGUGACCGCAGAGCUGCUGCUGCUGCGCACAGAGCUGGAACUGCUGCUGGCUGAGAAGCACCCCAACCCCCAUCUGUUGGCCGACGUCAUGGAGGGGACCCCCGAGGAUCCGCUGGAGCCCGAGGAGCCGCUGGAGUCGGAUGGGGACAGGAAUGAAGGAGCGGCCCCACAAGCGACCCCCACCUCGGGGGGGGAAAGCCCCGCAGAGGCGCCGUCGCUGUGGGUCUGGCCGUGCGCCUCCUGCACGUACCUCAAUGUGGGUCCCGCUGUGCUGUGUGCUGUGUGUGAGCGCCCCCGCCUGGCCCCACGGCCCCCCCCGGCCCCACAGGACGGCGCCCCGCAGCGCCAUAUCGCGCCAUGCGCGGCCGUGUCCCGACGUGGCGACCCAUUGGGACGCGGGGAGGCGGCGCGACGGGGCGACGUAUCGCGAUACGGCCAUAUGUCGCGACAUACGGGGCCCAUCCUGCGACGCGACGCCCCGUUGCAGCAUCAGAGCCCGUCAGGACGUGAGUCUAUGUCGCGACAUGGGGGGACAAUAUCGCCCUACGAGGACCCAUUACGACCCGAAGACCCCUCGGGAUGUGAGGACGUGUCCCGAUACGGGGAUCUAUCGCGAUACGGGGACCUAUCGCGAUAUGAGGACGCGGAGAGGCGGCGCCAGGAAAGGCUGCGGAGAGAUGGGAUGAGAACGGUGCAGAUGGUGCGGGAGGCGGAGUCUCAGUCGGUGCCGGUGGAGGCGGUGCUCGGGAAGGCGAUGGCGGAUGGGGACGGGGCCAAAGCGGCGGUGCUGCGGGCCAGGGCGGCGCUGGGGGCGGAGCUGCGCGCCUUGAUGACGUCAUCAGGGAGCGACGCUUCCGGCCCUGCCCUGAAGGAAGCGGCUGCCGCCUGGAUCCGGGCCAGAGGAAGUCCCGCCCUCGCGCUUCAAGGGAUGAUGGGAGAGCGGCGGAGGAAGCUCCGCACCCUGCUCUCAUUGGGCGUCCCCCGCUCGGCCGCCGAGCCCGCCUUGCACCACGUGGGUUGGUCCCUGAGCCGGGCCUUACCGGAAGUGCAGCGCCGGAAGCUCCGCCCCUUCCUGUCUCGCGUGUGGGACCACGAGGAGCCGCCGAUGGACUUCGGCAACGGCGACCAGCAGGUUUUGGCACGCAGGGCACUGGCGACGCUUUCCCUGCCCAGCUGGGGCCGCGCUGUGCUGUUGGUGGCGAUGGGGAGGGAGUUGGGCCUGAGCCCGGGCCCGGCCGCAGCUCCGGGCCUACAGGAGUUGGUGGAGGCGGUGCGGAGCUGCCCGGAUCGGGCCCUCAUCCGGCGGAGGCUGCGGUGCGAUUGUGCCGUGUGCGGGUGGGCGCUGCCCAGGGAGCAGAUGAGGUGGUUGACGGGCUGUGAGUGCGCGCUGUGCCCCGAGUGCUUCAGGCAGCACUUCACCAUCGGGGUGAAGGAGAAGGCUGUGGCCGACCUGGUGUGCCCGGCCUGCGGGCGGCCCGACCUGCGCGAUGAGGCGGCGCGGCUCUGCUACUUCUCCACGCUGGAUGUGCAGCUGCGGCAGGAGUUGGACCCCAACACGUACCAGCUGUUCACCCAGAAGCUGACCGAGCGCGAGCUGCUGCGGGACCCCCAGUUCCUCUGGUGCCCACAGUGCUCCUUCGGGUUCAUCUUCGAGGCGGAGCGCGGCCCGGCACAGUGCCCGCAGUGCCAGCAGUGCUGCUGCCCGCGCUGCCUGCGGCCCUGGCACCCCGAGCACGGCUCUCUGUCCUGCUCCGAGUUCGGGCUGUGGCUGCAGGAGCGCGACCCACAGGUGGAGCGUGUGGGGCUGGAGGCCUUCCUCAGGGAGCACGGCAUCGCCUGCCCGCGCUGCUCGCAGUGGUUCGCGCUGGCCCGGGGCGGCUGCCUGCACUUCCAGUGCUCCCAAUGCGCCCAUCAGUUCUGUGGGGGCUGCGGGGCGCCCUUCCACCCCAGAGAGCGCUGCCCCCUCCCCCGCUGCUCGCUGCGGCCGUCGCUGCACGCCCACCACCCGCGGCACUGCGCCUUCCAUCUGCGGGACUGGGAGCCGCGCCGCCUGCAGCGCCUCCUGCAGGUGGGCGGAGUCCCGUACGACACCCAGCCCCCCUCCGGAGCCCAACUCCCCCCUGGAGGCGGCUGUUGGCUGCAGGAGCUGAAGGAGACCCCCGGGGCCCCCCCCCGCGACGCCGCCUGUGGGAGACCCACAGCUGUGGGGCAGGCGGGGCUGUGCCGCGCUCACUACGCGGAAUACCUGGUGCGGCUCAUCAACGAGCGCGGUUUGGACCCGGCCGCGCUGUACGGAGCGGCCGAACUCCGCGCCGCCGCAGAGCGCCACCUGCCGGCCGGGCGGCCUCCGCAGGGCGACGCCGAAAGCGACGCGGAGUACGCAGUGCGCCUGCGCGAACUGCUGGCGCGGGAAGCGCCCGUGGAGCCCCGCCCAUCCCGGCCUAGCCCCGCCCCUUAAUCCCCGCUUCGAAUAAACUGCGCAUGCGCGCCGA